AUGCCUGCCACCGAAGCAACAGCCUCUCACGAAGCUCAACAACAAGCCCAAGUUGACGUUUCGAGCCACGAGAAAGUAAACAAUGGUGGACCAAAUGUUCCGAAGAUUCCUACUACUCCCCCUGCAUCCCCUACUGUCAAACGAAAUGGCGGUGCGUCUUCCAAAAAAAGAACACUAGAUCCUCAAGAGCUUAAUAACAUGAUUCAAAACAAGAUCUCACAACUCGAAACUGAAUCGUCUAUUGAAGAUGAGGAAGAAAAAGCUAUCGCAAAAGCUGUCAAAAAGGCAAGCAAAGAAAUGAAAGAUAUCAUCAAUUCGCAAGAUGAUCAAUUCGAUAAAUUGGAUACUAUUCAGCAAAGAUAUAUGGAACUGUUUCAAGACAUGAAACGCCUCGAACGGGAUCAUGCUAAAAUGAAAAAACGUAAUGAACAAUUACAAAAAGAGAAAGAUGCUGUUAAGAGUGACUUAUCCAAAGCCAAUUCGAUGAAACAUAAAUUGGAAAAUCUAUGUCGAGAACUUCAAAAGGAAAAUAAGAGGAUCAAGGAGGAAAGUAAACGUUUAGCUUCGACUGAACAACAAAAGCGAGAAGAGCUGUCAAGCAAGUUCGAAAGCACUAUCUGGGAAAUCAAAUCAAAGAUGGAUGAGGAUACGGAUGAAAAGAAAAAACGUGCUGAAGACAAUGAACUGUUGAAAGAUAAGUUUCGAAGUUUUUUGGAACAAUAUGAACUUCGAGAAAAACAUUUCAACUGCGUUGUUAGAUCGAAAGAUCUUGAACUCCAAUUGUAUGAAGCCAAGCUACAGCAACAGCGUCAAAUUACAGAAGAGGAGAUAGCUAAGGCGAAUUCAUUGAAAGAUCAAGUGGAUGCCUUUACAAAAACAGAGACUGAAUUGCGUAAACAGUUAAAUGUAUAUGUUGACAAAUUCAAGGCUGUUGAAGAAACUUUAAAUAAAAGCAAUGAAUUAUUCCUUACUUUUCGGAAAGAAAUGGAACAAAUGACGAAAAAAACGAAAAAAUUGGAGAAGGAGAAUGCCUCUAUUAAAAACAAAUGCGAUACCAUGAAUAAAAAUAUAUUUGAAAUGGCGGAAGAGAGAGCACGAGAUCAAAAAACUAUAGAAGAAGCAAAGAAAAAGCAGACAAAAUUGGAGAAUCUAUGUAGAGCUUUACAGGCCGAAAGAACUGUUCUCAAACAAAAAGUUGAAUCAUAUGAAUCCUCGCCUUCUAUUCAAAGGCCCAGUACGCCUAUAUCUUCCACUACCGGGGAAGAUAUAGAAGAAGGGUCUAGCGAUUACGGCUCAACCGAGGAAGCAGGACAAUGUCCAUGUGGAGAAAUUCAUCGAGACGGUAGUGGUAAUCAAGAAGGCAAGAGCGAAUGCGCUUAUGAAGUAGUGUUGUGA